CGGCCCAAGAGUGGCCUCUCUAGGCAGCGGGGAGGGCGCGGGGUCGAGGGGGUUAGGGAACGAGCGCAGCCUCUCCUCUAUGGUCGCGGGCCGGGGGCACACUCCUCCGCAGUCAGGCCUAGGUUAUUUCCGGAAGUGCAGCCGUUAUCUCUUCCUUUGCUUACGCUGGGUUCCAGGCGGGCGUCGAUGGCCAGUUCGGCCCCGGGAUGAGCGCGGCGAUUUCACGAUGCUUUGCAGCAGUUUUCUGAGUCUGGAAUUUUCUAUGUCUGUGGAUCCCAGAAUUUGCUAAGAGAUGGAAGAGUCUCCGCAGAAUGAUCUGAACAUGACAAGCCUUGAGGAAGAGGACCCUCUCCAGAGCAGCAGCCCUCGGAUUUCUGUUAGGGAAUUUUCCUGCCACUGCUGUUACGACAUCCUGGUUAACCCAACCACCUUGAACUGUGGGCACAGCUUCUGCCGGCACUGCCUAGCUCUGUGGUGGGCCUCUUCGAAGAAGACAGAGUGUCCAGAAUGCAGAGAAAAAUGGGAAGGUUUCCCCAAAGUCAGUAUUCUCCUCAGGGAUGCCAUUGAAAAAUUAUUUCCUGAUGCAAUUAGAAUGCGAUCUGAAGACAUUCAGCAGAAUAAUGAUGUAGUCCAGAGUCUCGUAGCCUUUCAGAAGUAUGGGAAUGAUAAGAUUCUUUCAGCUCCCAACACUGGCCGAGUGAAUCAGCAGAGGGGAGGGGGAUUCUUUUCCGGAGUGCUCACAGCUUUAACUGGUGUGGCAGUGGUCCUGCUGGUGUAUCACUGGAGCAGCAGGGAAUCUGAGCACGACCUCCUGGUGCACAAGACUGUGGCCACAUGGACAGCAGAAGAAGUUGUCCUCUGGCUGGAGCAGCUGGGCCCUUGGGCCUCUCUCUACAGAGACAGGUUUUUAUCUGAAAGAGUAAAUGGAAGGUUGCUUUUAACUUUGACAGAGGAAGAAUUUUCCAGGGCACCAUAUACCAUAGAAAACAGCAGCCACCGAAGAGCCAUCCUCAUGGAACUGGAGCGAGUCAAAGCACUGGGUGUGAAGCCCCCGCAAAACCUCUGGGAAUACAAGGCCGUGAACCCAGGCAGGUCCCUGUUCCUGCUGUACGCCCUCAAGAGCUCCCCGAGACUCUGUCUGCUGUACCUCUACCUGUUUGACUACACAGACACCUUCCUGCCCUUCAUCCAUACCAUCUGCCCUCUGCAAGAAGACAGCUCCGGGGAGGACAUCAUCACCAAGCUUCUGGAUCUUAGAGAGCCCACAUGGAAGCAGUGGAGAGAAUUCCUUGUCAAGUACUCCUUCCUUCCAUACCAGCUGAUUGCUGAAUUUGCUUGGGACUGGCUGGAGGUCCAUUACUGGACGUCACGGUUUCUCAUCGUCAAUGCCAUGUUACUCUCAGUUCUGGAAUUAUUCUCCUUUUGGAGGACCUGGUCAAGAAGUGAACUGAAGACUGUGCCUCAGAGGAUGUGGAGCCACUUUUGGAAAGUAUCAACACAGGGGCUUUUUGUGGCCAUGUUCUGGCCCCUCAUCCCUCAAUUUGUUUGCAACUGUCUGUUUUACUGGGCCCUGUACUUUAACCCAAUUAUUAACAUUGAUCACGUGGUUAAGGAGGUCCGACGGCUGGAAACCCAGGUGUUGUGACUGACGCUGCCCAGCCUCUGAGGGACUCUUCCAGCCUCCCUGCCAGCCAAGCUCUGAUGCUUAAGUGUGGCGAGGGGGAUGGGGAGCGGACACCCUAUUUUCUGCCCCUAGUAAACAAGGUGCUGCUUUGUCUGUCAAAGGCUACAGCCAGGUCUUCUCCCUCUGCCUGUGGCAGCAGGGACUGGCGCCCCAGCGCUUGGCUGACAAAGCCACCGUGCCUCCCACCCAGCCACCUUCCUCGUGGGGUCUUGGGAGGCCCAGUCCACGACACCUGGCAGGGACCCAGGGUUCUCAGAGGACAUGGAGUGGGUCUCAGUCCCACUUGCGCUAAUAACCUCAGAGACUGACACAAGGCUCCCAGGGCAAGUUGGAGCCCUGAGACUGAGCCCAGGCCCAGGCCUGUCCUCUAAGUUAAGUUUAGGAGAACAGGAGAUUUUGUCAUAGGCAUGGCAGUUGCAUAUAAAAAACACAGAGGAAAAACCAAAAUCCGGUUGACGACUCUGUCUUAUUUAAGAGUUGCUAGACGGUUUCAGAGUUAAACCUCUGAAAGGAUUCAGUUCAAGAUUAGAAUGAUGGUGGUUAGACUUGCCAUCACUGUUUUCUACUUGUAAUCGUUGAAAGUUUGCAUCUCUUUUUCUGGGGGAAUUGAGUGGGAUGUCAGGCAUUUCAUGGAGAGUAAUUCACAUCAGGCCGAGCUGCUUCAGUGCUACUUAAAAUUGUUGUCUUGGGGUUUACUUUGUUUUGUUUUUAAGAAUUUAAUUUGUAAAAUCCAGGCUAGUCCAUUUGUUUAAGGAAACAUUUUGUACAUUGACCUCCCACCGUACACUCUGUUCUGAUGUAUAAAACAACAAGUAUAAUUACACCAAGUGCUGUAAUUGUAAAUAUGAAAUGAACUGUGGCCUUUGAUUCCCUCCCAGUGUGACAGCAGCAGGUGUGAAAGGCGGUCAACCUGAAGACUGGCCCUGCAGAGAUAAGCUGGCAUCCAAAAUGUUUUUUUGUGACUCCAUGAACCAUUCAUUAACCCUUUGUAUCUUUGCAGAUUUCACUCAAACUUUGCUUCUGAAAGUUUAAAGAAGUUACUUGAAAUAAAAAUAAAGAUUCUUUUAUACAGGUAAAA